GAAACGUCAUUCCUCCACAAAUUCACAUCUGUGCAGUGGUGUGCACCGUGGACUAGAAUAUAUUUACUUUUAAAAAUACGUGUUAAAUAUUAAAUAGUUUCACUAUUAAUAGUUUAACGUUCUUAUAAUACUCGAUUUAGGUUGAGGAAGAAGAAUUUUAGUAGGAUUAUAUUUAUUUGAAGGUUCGAGAAAAGACAUAACCAUGCCGCCGAAGAAAGCUAGCGGUGGCGGCGGCGGCGGCCCGAGUAAAAAGACAGAGGCGAAGAAAAAGGAUAAAGUUAUCGAGGAUAAGACCUUUGGGCUUAAAAAUAAGAAGGGAGCGAAGCAGCAGAAGUUUAUCCAGCAAGUAGAGAAGCAAGUUAAGAGUGGCGGCAUCCACCCUGCCAAGCCUAUGGAUGACAAGAAGAAAGAAAAAGAGGCCAAAAUGAAGGAACAAAAAGAAUUAGCGAUGCUGUUCAAACCCGUGCAGACACAGAAAGUUGAAAAAGGUACGGACCCCAAGUCAGUGGUGUGUGCAUUCUUCAAGCAGGGCCAGUGUACGAAGGGAGAUAAGUGCAAGUUCUCGCACGACUUGACACUUGAAAGAAAGGCUGAGAAACGAUCCCUGUACGUGGACAUGCGAGAUGACGACGACAACAUGGACAACUGGGAUGAAGACAAGUUAAAGGAAGUAGUUGAGAAGAAACACGGCGAGGAUAAGCAGAGACCCACCACGGAUAUUAUCUGCAAACAUUUCUUGGAAGCUGUAGAGAAAUCAAAGUACGGGUGGUUUUGGGAGUGUCCCUCUGGUACUAAAUGUAUAUACAGGCACGCUCUCCCACCAGGCUUCGUUCUGAAGAGGGACAAAAAGAAAAUGGAGGAGAAGAAGAAUGAGAUCUCUCUUGUCGACCUGAUUGAAAGAGAGAGAGCCGCACUUGGACCCAAUCAGACAAAGAUUACACUAGAAACUUUCCUUGCCUGGAAAAAGAAGAAGAUUAAGGACAAACAUGACGCUCAAACGAAGGCGGAGGAGCAGCGUCGCAGCGACUUCAAGGCGGGGCGCGCCGUGGGCCUGUCGGGCCGAGAGAUGUUCUCCUUCGACCCGGCGCUGGCCGCCGACGCCGACGAGGACGACGACGAGGCCGUGGACCUGGCCACCUACGGGGACGAGGAGGCGGACACCACCGAGUACAGAGAAGUACAGUUCGACCUCAUCGCUAUGGAAGCUUCCGAGGCGGACGACACGGGCACCAAAGCGACGGAGGACAGACUGCAGCAGCUGGGCCAGGGGCUCGCCAACGGGACCGCGGCCGACGGCGACGGCAGCCAGCCCUCCAACGACGGCUCCAACGCCGACGCCGCCUCCGCCGUACCCAUCAACGAAAACCUCUUCUUAGACGAAGAUCUAGACGAAGAACUUCAAAACCUAGACCUAGAAGACUAGUAUUUAUAAUUAUAUACAAAGUGUGACGUCAUUGGACCGUGUACGUGGUGAUAAUAUCGUUCUAAAGCCUUUGCUUAUUGGUGACACGGGAAUUUGUUGUUGAUGAAUAGAAAUGUGACUUAAUGUCGCGUUUUUAGAGUUGAUAUUUCAAUACAGGUAUGUAAUGAGUGUGUAGGCAACAAAUCAAAGCUGUUCCUAUGUAAUAGAGUUGAAAUUCCAAUGAGUAUAAAAUCUAAUUUAAAACUACCAUGCUCGUUGGAAUUGCAACUUUAUUCUAACAUGUUUAAGUUACAUUUUUAUUCAACACUUGAUUUAAUUGCCGUGCCACGCAAUAAGUUAGGUCUAAAUCAUUAGGUUUAUUAUAAAAAUGUAAAUGACAAAGCUAAAAGCGUCAAUUUAUAUAAAAGUGUAGUGUUGUGUUAGGGACGGUCCCACUUUGUAUAAGUCCCACACGUCUACCGUCCCGGGUAUAAAAUGUACUACAGAAUAAUAAAAACGGGCAAAUUCAUUACAACAUUAUCCUACUUACAAGACAAUCGAUUUUGAGCUCUAUUGCAUUCGCUAUAAGACAGACGGUAGCUGCAAGGAAUGACUUGCGAAAUAUAAUAAGAACGGUUUACUUGCAAUUUCAUACUUAUGCCAAUAGAAAUAGAACUUAAAAUCGAUUGAAUUGUGCAUUAGCCUUUGUUUGCAAUUUUAUACGCGUUCUUUCCACAGUUACUCCUUAUGUCCUAUAUAUGUAUAAGUUUGUACUAUUUAUAUGUCGUCCUCUCCUGACUUUACUCAGGCGCUAUUUAUAAACAUUUUUUUAAGUGAAUUCGCAUUUUUUUUCCAUAGUUCGACCAAUACUUAUGUACAGUACCUGUCGAUAAAUAUUGCACAUCGGCCUUCGAAGAUCGGCCAAGUCGCCACGUAUAAGUACUGUUUAUAAAUGAUGAGUUGCUAAAACUAGUCGAGCAGAGUAUAAAAUUAAAAAUAAAUUAUUAUAUUUUUCGGCUUACUCAUGUAACUGUUUGAUGAGGUACUCGACUCGACUAGUUUCAUGCUAUUCUAGAGGCUCAUAUUCAUGAGUAGCGUUCCGAGUGGUGUAAAACGUAAUUAAUUUACUAUAUAUAUUUAAAUAUUAUUUUAUAAGUUAUUAACAACUUCAAAAUACCUAAAAAAGGAAUAAAAACUAAAAACUUAAAACUAAAAUAAAGGAAAAAAAUCAAUAAAGUAUAAAUACUACUUAUAAUACUUCUUUUUUAAGUAGUAUUUAGCGGUUUUUAAAUAAAUAUAGAUAAAUAUAUAUAAAUACAUUUAUCUAUAUUUAUUUGAUUGUAAUUGAUUUUGUCUCACGAAAGUUAUAAUACAAAUAUAGAGAAAAAUAAAUAAAUCGUAAUUUCACAACAAAUUGUCUCGUCAAAAGUCGAUGUGCAAUGUUUAUCGCCAGGUCGUGUAUACAGUGGUUUAAGUCGUACUAGACAAAUCUUGUCCAGACAAAAAUACAUACAUAGUCAUUAAAAAUAUAUGUUUCACACUUAAAUGUGCAAUUGUAACGUGUAUCGAAUGAAAUAGUCAUGAAAACUGAAUGUGAAUGUAGUGCUCAUAAAUAAUAAUGAUUACUCUGUCAGCAACAAAAUAAUAACGUAUAUUAUGUAAAUAAAAUAACGUAUUUUCAAUUA